AUUUGAAUUUGCCCAUAAGUACACUUUAUCCAUAUGGCAUAUAUAGGUCUGAUAUUUAACAAAACAGCACGGUGGUUAACGUUGUUACGUCACGUGAAAAACAACAACUUUAGAGUAAUGAGGUAAAGAAAUCGUCCGUUUGGUACAGACAAUGAGCAUGCAACAGGCAGGCUGGUGGUGGGGAAAAGAGACCCCUGUCGACCUUUGGAAACACUGCACGAUUUGUCAGUUAUAACUCAAGCCCGAAAGGUAAGAGUUCAGAGGUUGAGUAGCAGCUGGUCUAACCAGUUCCGAAGCUCUCUCUCUCCGUGCUGGGUCACCGCAAUGCUGAUCAUCUAUUACGGCAUGACCCCGAGUUCGACGACAACAGUAUUCGUCAUACUGUCACUAGUGCAAGCACACGUCUCAGUAGGAGGGCCAGCGCUACCGGAUAGACCUUUCAAUAUUGUAUGGAACGUCCCAUCAAAAGUUUGUAUGAAGAAGUUCGGCAUUGAGAUCAACUUGGAUGGGUACGAGAUCGUGUACACCCCUGGGCACGAGUGGAAUGGAACAUACAUGACCAUUUUCUACGCUCGCGAUCUCGGCUUGUACCCGAGUAUUCACGAACACACCUGGGAGGAGACGAACGGGGGACUGCCGCAGAAAGCCGACCUCCAAGCCCACCUUGCCCGGGCUACAGACGACAUUUCCCGACUGAUUCCCGACGCCGACUAUCGCGGUGUGGGCGUGAUCGACUGGGAGUUCUGGAGACCGCUGUGGAGACGGAACUGGGGGUCAAAGAAAAUCUACUGCACCAAGUCAGAAGAACUCGUCAGACAAAAGUUACCGUAUGCCAGUACAGCGGAAGUGACAUCAAAAGCUAAAGAUGAGUUCGAGGGAGCAGCGAGGAUGUGGAUGGGGGAAACCUUGAACCUUGUUAAGACGUUUCGUGCGGGAGGCUUAUGGGGUUUUUAUUUGUUCCCGGACUGUUACAAUUUCCCUUACAAGAUAAGACUUCAAGAGGACCCCAGCUAUGAUUGUUUGAAGAAAGUGAAAUCCGACAAUGACGAACUCCAAUGGCUGUGGGAGGGCAGCACAGCGUUAUACCCUUCUAUAUACCUGUCCAACGUCUUCAAAACGCUGCCCGGUUCGGAACAGUACAUCCGUGCCCGAGUGGCCGAGACCUUCCGAGUCAUGGACGCUCGGCAGAGUUCGGAUAUCCCCGUCUACCCUUACGUGCGCCUUCGGUAUCGGGAGUCACUAGAGUACCUCACAAAAGUUAGUUUUAUAUUGCUGUCUUUAAUCAUUACAUAUAAAGUUCAUUCAUUCAAUAAUGUGUACCAGCUAUAUGACCAUCUGUCCAUUUCUCCUUGUUAUUCUCCUAUUGUCCUUCAGGCUGACAUGGCUUCGUCCAUACAGGAGCCGGCGGGACAGGGUUCGGCCGGGGUGGUCAUCUGGGGGGCCUGGGAGGACGUCAACUCAAAGGAGAAUUGCUUGAUACUUCGCGAUUAUGUGACAACAACAUUCGGACCAUUUGCCAAGGAAAUGGUUCAACAGGCGGCUGACUGCAGCAGGACAGAGUGGAAGCUCUUCGUCUAG